AUGCCACCAGGCCGCUUCCCACACACCCUCCCCCUCCCCCGCCCCCGAAGCCGGAGAGGAAACCCCUUCUCCCUCCCGGCUUUUUAUCUUCUCUUGGUCAUCUGCAUAAUCUCCUGGACGGCAACCCACACGACGGCGUCGUGGGAUUACACUACUUACAACAAACCCAGCCAUCAUACACAUCCCCAGAGGCACCAUUCCCGGGAUACGUACACGCCUUUUCCCGGCCGGGUUGUUCAUGACCACCAUCACGACAAAAGGAACGGGAUGGCGGGGAUGGGGCUUUUCGAAAUGAUGGGGAAGGCGAGGGGGCAGGGGGUGGCUGUGACGAGGCCGCUGGGGCCAGUUUCUGGAAAUGCUGUUAGGAAGAGUAAGGGUGGUGGUAAUAGGGAUGCUGACAGUGAUGGAGGAGGAGGAGGAGGAGGGCGGAGGUAUGGAGUUGUGAGGUUGGAUGAUGCGGUUAGCUUGCCUGUUGGGGAGAUGGUGGAUGGUGGGAAGGGGGAGGAGGAGUUGAAGAGGGGGAGGAUGGUUUUUGUGGAGGAGGCGGUGGUGGAUGAGUGA